UUUUCAGCAGGUUUUACUGACGGUGUUCUGAUCACUCAAUGGCCGAAGUACAUAUCCAGUCCUCCAGGUUUUUCAGUUGAUAUGCACUGUUAUCAGAAUGAUACAGACUAUGACUACAAAUACUGGUACAGGCAAAUCAAAGGAGAAGGACCGGUGCUUAUUGCAACCCUCAUAGGGACUUCUGAAUCAUUUGAGAAGGGUUUUGAAACUGGCUUUCAGUUGCCAGAUAAAGAGACAAAGAAAUGGACCUUGAAGGUGGACGUUAAAGAGGGGACUGAUGCUGUUUAUCUUUGUGCUGCUAGUUUACACAAUAAUAACAAUUAUCCAGCUUACUUCGGCAGUGGAACAAAGCUAACUGUUUUGGAACUGCAGCGUAUAAUCAGUGUGAACAUGGGAAGUGAAGCACACUUUGGAGAUGGUACAAAACUUACAGUCCUAGAUCCUGACAUUCCCAAGAGUGUCCCAAGCGUAAAGAUUUUAAACGCAACUAGAAAGGAGUCCUGUAAGAAAAAAAUCACACUUGUGUGUUUGGCUAAAGAUUUCUACCCAGACCAUGUGAAAGUAGCAUGGUUUGUUGGAAAACAAGAAAUAACGGAAGAUGUAGCAACAGACCCCCAUGCCACCCUUAAUUCCUCCGAAGGAUACACCAUAUCCAGCAGACUAAAAGUCUCUCAAAAGAUGUGGAAAAAACCAACAAACAAAUUCACCUGUACUGUGUCCUAUUACAAUGGAUCUGAAACAACUGAACACUCAGCUUCUGUAUAUGGAGUUGCAGGUGGAUAUGACAGAGACAGUUAUGUGAAGUCAUCACAGUGGAUGAAGCUGGCAUAUGGCGUGACCAUUGCUAAGAGUGGACUGUAUGGCCUCAUCAUCUUUGUGUUUGUAUGGAGAAAGGGUUCAAAUGGGAAGUGAUGACUGAAUCAUCUGAUCGUGAUCGCCGAUGGAUUGUGGAUUGAUGGAGUAAUCAGAAAGCACCAUCAGUUUACUCCAUCCAGUAUAGACAAUGCUGUAUAUAUAACUGAGACUUUUUAUUUCAUUGGUAACACUUUACAAUAAGGUCUUACCGUUUUUGUUAAUAAUAUUACAUUAAACAGCAUAAAUUAGUAUUAAAGUACAGCACUCAUUUACCUUGGUUGGUGUUGGUACAAUUGUUCUUUGCACUGUAAAGCAUAUCCAUUAAUUAACAGGCUUCAUAUUUCGUGAUUAACAGUUAAUUUAUGGAUAUAAUUUGCAUUAUGGGAUGCUAUUUCAACUUUUGAUGUUAAAAAUUAAUCUCUAAAAAAUCCUAAAGUUACUUUUAUAUAGUUUAAAACAUUAUAAUGUUUAAGAAAUAAUAUAUAUAGAAUUAAGUAUCUUUAAAAUAACAGAAAAACAAAAAAUAUGACCAGUUUUAAUGUCGUAAUUUACAUUACCAUCCCAGGCGGUAUAUCACUUCAAACUAUGUCGAGUGGCGAUUCUAGUUUAAAUGGCACCCUGGGUCUAAGCCGAAAAGAAAAUGAAUGAAUAACAAUUUGUUUUUUAUUAUUAUUAUUAUUAUUAUUAUUAUUAUU